AUGUUUAUUUAUUUCAGAAUUUUGGCUCCUACAACAUACAUCUUUUUUGCUUCUGCUCUUCCAGUCAUUGCUUUUGGGGAGCAGCUCAGCAAGGAUACAGAUGGGGUGUUGAGCACAGUGGAAACACUAGCUUCAACCGCUAUCUGUGGAAUUAUACAUUCCAUUAUUGGGGGACAACCUAUGCUAAUUGUUGGUGUUGCUGAGCCUACCGUGAUAAUGUACACAUAUCUAUAUAAAUUUGCAAGUAGGCGUGUCGAUCUGGGCCCUCACUUGUUUUUGGCUUGGAGUGGAUGGAUUUGCAUUUGGACUUCAUGUAUGCUAUUUAUUCUUGCACUCUUGAAUGCCUCUGCAAUAAUAACAAGAUUUACAAAGAUUGCUGGUGAACUUUUUGGGACGCUGAUUGCAGUUUUUUUCAUUCAACAAGCAAUUAAGGGAUUGGUUAGUGAGUUUAAUGUACCCAAAGGCGAAGAUUCAGGACUACCUUGGUACAAGUUUGAAUGGUUAUAUGUGAACGGAUUACUGGGUAUAAUUUUUGCCUUUGGUCUCCUGUAUACUUGUCUAAAAAGCAGAGGAGCUAGAACAUGGUGUUACGGCACUGGAUUUGUCUCUACAGGUUGGUUAAGAAGCUUCAUUGCUGACUACGGAAUACCGUUGAUGGUAGUUGUAUGGAGUGGAAUGUCGUAUACUGUUCCAAGCAAAGUGCCUUCUGGAGUUCCAAGGAGGUUAUUCAGCCCACUUCCGUGGGAAUCCAAAUCGCUGCACCAUUGGACAGUUGCAGAGGAUUUGUUCUCGGUGCCCCCGGUUUACAUCGCUGGUGCGCUUGUUCCUGCUCUAAUGGUCACGGGCCUCUACUUUUUUUACCAUAGCGUCGCUUCUCAAAUGGCGCAACAGAAAGAAUACAAUCUUAAGAACCCCUCUGCCUACCAUUACGAUAUUCUCAUCCUCGGAUUUAUGGUUUUGAUCUGUGGAUUUCUUGGGAUCCCUCCUUCCAAUGGAGUUCUCCCACAGUCUCCAAUGCACACGAAGAGCCUAGCUGUUCUGAAGAGGCAGUUGAUUCGGAAGAAGUUGGUUAGAAGUGCCAAGGAAAGCAUAAGGCAGCAAGCCACCAAUUUGGAGAUCUAUGGCAUAAUGCAUGAGGUUUUCUUAGAUAUGGACCAUGGACAUACUGAAAACUCAAUAACUGAAGAUCUGAAGGACUUAACAGAUGCUGUUUUGGGAAUUAGAACAGGUGAAGCAUCAUCAAAAGCUCAAUUUGAUCCCGAGAAACAUAUAGAUCCUCACUUACCUGUUCGAGUCAAUGAGCAGAGGUUAACUAAUCUUUUUCAGUCGAUCCUAGUCGGUUCCUGUCUUGGAGCUAUGCCCAUUAUCAGGAAGACACCGACUUCGGUUUUGUGGGGUUAUUUCUCUUACAUGGCCAUCGACAGCCUUCCUGGGAAUCAAUUUUGGGAAAGGCUGCUACUUUUGUGCAUUGCUCCAAGCAGGCGUUACAAAGUUUUGGAGGGCGUUCAUGCAUCCUUUGUGGAGUCUGUACCCUUCAAACAAAUUGUUGGUUUCACAAUUUUCCAGCUUGUAUAUCUUCUCCUAUGUUUUGGUGUCACAUGGAUUCCUAUAGUUGGGAUUCUUUUCCCUUUGUUGUUUUUCAUUCUAAUUUGCAUCAGGCAAUAUGUCUUCCCUAAGUUUGUCCUUCCAAAUUAUUUGAGGGAACUUGAUGCUGCUGAAUAUGAAGAAAUCAAAGGAGCCCCUAAGGGACAAUGUAGCUUCUCAAUUGAGAUGCAGGAUGCUAAGAAAUGUGGCGACAGUAGUAAUGGGGAUUUAUCUGAUGCUGAAAUAUUGGAUGAGCUUACUACCAGCAGAGGAGAGCUUAAGCACAGAACUGCAUUAUCCUUCAGUCUGGAGAGAAUCGUUCAGGUCUAUCCUGAAGGGAUCUAGGGAGAAGAAAUACAACUAUAAAGAUAAUCCAGGAAACCAUAAAUAGUAGAUGAGUAGAUAUGAAAGGGAACUUCAAAACCAUUCCUUUUAUUUGUUUUAGUUAAAAAGAAUAAAUGCAGAGUCAAUAUGUAGGCCUCAAUGGCACCCCUGCACUUACUGAAAUUGAAUGAACGAAUGAAUAA